AUGCUCCAUGGUGGCUGCACCCAGGCCCGGACCCGCGGCAUCGUGUCCUUCUUCCUGGGGUUUCUGCUCUGCUACGCCCUGGCGGCCGCAUACCUGAGUUCGACGUGCUACCGCGAUCCCUCUUCGGUCUUCUUCCGCCCCGAGCACGCCCGCGUCCUGUCGUACUCGUCCUUCCGAAUUGCUGAGGCCACCGAGUUCGGAGACCGGGCCGCGCUGCACCCACCGCCCAAGUCGACAAACUCGACGGGCCCCGACUUCUGCAUCGGCGUCGCGUCCGUGAGCCGGCAUGGCUUCUCCUACCUCAAGGAGACCCUUGGCUCCGUCCUCCAGGGGCUGGAUCGUCUCGAGCGCCGUCGCAUCCACCUAGUCGUCUUCCUCGCCCACGCCAACCAGUCCCAGCACGAGGAUCACCGCCAGCCGUGGCUUGUCAACAUGGCUGACAACCUGCCGGCCUACCCCUCCAAUCCCGAGACGAGGCGCCUCGUCCAGCAGCUCGAGGCCGACAGCAGCUACGAAGCGCAUGCGCUGAAGCAGAAGAUGGACUACGUCGUCCUUCUCACCGAAUGCGCCAAGGUCAACCCGAAGUACACAAUGACCUUGGAGGACGACGUGGUCGCGGUUGACGGCUGGUAUCACCGCGCGCUCGGCGCCCUGCAGGUUGCCACGAGAAAGACCCACGACCUUGGGCGGGAUAGCUUUCUGUACCUGCGACUCUUCUACGAUGGGCGUCUGCUCGGCUGGAACGCCGAGGAAUGGCCCAUAUACGUAGUGUACAGCAUGGCGGUGCUACUUGCCGAAGUCGUCAUCACCGCAGCCCUCCGCUGGCGCUUCACCGUCCUACGUCAGUAUCUGACCCGAGCCGUGCUGCUCAUUCUCUGCGGGGUCUGCACGCCUAUGCUGAUCGGCCUCUUCUUCGCUGCCGGUCGUAGCUGCAUGUUACCGAGGCCCAGUGGUAUUGAUCUCAUGUCCAGAUACGGCUGUUGUGCACAAGGGCUGGUGUUCCCACAGGACCAGGUCGUCAAUCAUCUCCUGCCCAUGUAUCGCAACAGCCAAGACUCCCAUGCCGCCGUCGAUACCUUCCUCGAGAACUGGGCCGAUAGUCGGGAUGAACUUCGAUGGGCCGUCACACCCGUUCUAAUCCAGCACGUUGGGGGCAAGAGCUCGCAUGGCGCCGGCGACCAGCAAACGGGACGCCUCACCGACGACAUGCCCUUUGAUUAUUCUUUCGAGAUGAAUGACCCUGUGGCGCUUGCCGAGGAGCAUCGGGCAUGGAUUGCAGGUGCGAUAUAUGAGCCGCACCCUGGUGCCGCCAGAGACGGCUGA